AUGCGAUUCUUGCUGUUUCUUGGUCUACUAGCAACAAUAUCAGAUGCCUAUUCCGCCGCUUUCAGAGCUAAAUUUUUAAACACACAGAAAAAUCUCCGAAACAUCAGCAGAAGAGGAUACCGAAGUAGAUAUCGCGUCGCUCCAAGAGCGGCACCAGCAUAUUACCGUAUCGAGAACAAAAAGCCUGACGUCGCCGCCGAGUCGGAACUGCUCUUCCGUGUUAAUGUGCUGAUCACGCCGGGCGGUAAAUUUUACAGAGCCAGAUCAACCGUGGCGCCAGAACAAUUGUCCACUAAGACGCAAACAAUAAACCUCCAAAGAAGCUCGCGAGUAAUUCCAAUGUCUUGUAGGAAAACGACUCAAAACUCAAAAACCCUCAUUUGCGACCGCCGAACAAAGAAAUCCCGCUCCAAGUUCUCCCAAGAAGUCGUCAACCCCUACCGCUUCAAAAAGUAUUCCUUCAGCGCAAAACGACCAGUGAUCAUUUCCAGCACCCAGAAAACUCCCUUCAUCAAGCUCCUCUGA